AGAGUUUAGCGUGCUGGUGUAAUUUUGUGCAAACAUUGGUAUUUAAGUGGUCGAGUUUAUUUAUAUACGAAACGCGUUUAUAAAGUUCCCGACUUAGUGCUUUUUAAGUAACCAUAAUUUAUGUUGUUGAUAACGAAAAAUAGUGGAAAGUGCGAAUUGUUUGUAUCGGAACACGGGAACACGGGAACACGGCUAAUUAAUAUUGUUUUGCUAUCUUUAAGCAAUUAGAUAUACUUCAAAUACCUAAACACAAAAUGACCGAGGAAGUUUUGAAAGAUGAGAAAACUCCAAAGUAUGAUCCCAGUAUUCUACCGGAUAUGCUGCCUGCUUACUACAAACGGUUAUUUCCACAUAAGCCAUUUUAUCGCUGGCUAUCCUAUGGACUUUCCGAGGCAAACAUUUUUGCUAAUCGGGAGUUUUCGUACACUCUUCACGACGAUAUUUAUAUACGUUACCGUUGUUACGAUACUCAAAGUGAAUUGGAGAACGACAUCUGCUCAACAUGUCCACAUAAAAUCGACAUUGGUGCUGUUAUGAAUACCAAACCGAAAAAUUUUCGUACUACUUCAACGGCUAUGCAACCAGUGCAACGUGAGUUAGUUUUUGAUAUUGAUAUGGAUGACUAUAAUGAUGUGCGGACCUGCUGCACUGGCUCCACGGUAUGUUUGAAAUGCUGGAAGUUUAUGGCUUUAGCCGCACGCUUGCUUGAUGCAGCUUUACGUGAAGAUUUUGGUUUCGAGCAUAUACUUUGGGUAUUUUCGGGUCGUCGUGGUGUGCACGGUUGGGUAUGUGAUCAUGAUGCGCGUCACCUGGAUUCAAGAGGGCGUUCAUCUGUGGCUGAAUACUUGCAAAUUUCUUCUAAUGUAACUGUUAAUGGUGCAGUUGUAGCACGCGUGCAAAUUGGUGAACGAAUGCAUCAUAGUAUACGCCGUGCGCUGAAAUUUAUUGAACCACUUUUUGAAGAGAUUGUCCUGGAAGAUCAAAAUCUAUUUGGUGAUGUCAAUGGUGUUAAUAAAUUGCUGGCAAUGAUUCCCGAUGAUAUGGCGCGUAAGGAUGUAGAGGCUUAUUUAAAGAAAACUAAUUCUGAUGGGUCGAAUUCACGCACGGUAUGGACGUCAUUUGUGCGCUAUGUAAAUUCUCUACGCACAGGCGCUGCAAGUAUUUGGACUAGAAAACUGAAGAACAUUAUUGAAGAAAUUCAAUUGGGUAUACUUUAUCCACGUUUAGAUAUAAAUGUUACAAAAGGUAUGAACCAUUUGCUAAAGUCGCCAUUUUGUAUACACCCCGGCACUGGUAAAGUCUGUGUUCCGUUCAAUUGCAAUGUAGCGGCGAAAUUUGAUCCUACCACAGUACCCACCAUUUCACAGUUGUUGCAGGAGAUAAAUGCCUUUGACGACAAAUCAAAAAGCAAAGAGAAUGGAGAAGAAGAAAAGAGUCGAAUUAAGGAUUACAAAAAGACUGGAAUGUUCAAAGGAGUUGUAGUAUUUGAAGAGUUUUUGCGUAAAUUGGAGAGUAGUUUAAAAACUAAGGCCAUUGAUAUAAGUGAUCAAACUAUGGAGUUUUAGUCUUAUUAUUAUGCUUCUAUCUGUUGUUUGUUAGUUUUCGUGCGAGAAAUAUAGUGAAAAACAUAAUUCA